UAAACACUGUUACACAGUGCUGUAGGAUUCAUGGUCCUAUAAUGUCACUCGUUCUGUUCCGAUAAUCGGUUCUUUGGAUAAUCGAAAUUCGAAUAAUUAACGUUUUUCUUUAACGAAGACUAGACAGUCGACAUUUUACUACAAUUAAAAUAAUUUCCGGUCAAAAAUUUGUAAUUGCCCUUAUUAAUAUCGUGCAAGUUUUAUUUUAUUAUUAAAUAAUUACAUUACCCAUUGUAAAUAUAACCUACAAAUUUUUUACAUCUGUCGAUACCAACGUCAUGUAUUUGACAAUUUGAGCAAAACAACUUAUCAGGAACGAUGGGGGAAUUAAAUGUGUGUUUUCAAAUAGAUACAGAUAAUCGUGAAAACUUUCCAUCUGUAAUCGCAUUUCAAUCAUUCAAAAAACAAAGAGAUGGAUUCUAUGAUACAUUUAGAAUAUGGGAGGAAAAUCAUUCUGUGCCAGGAUGGACAUUUCAGAUAGCUCUGGGAAGUAAAAUAAGAAGUAUCCUGACGAUGCAUAAUGAUGCUAUAAAUUAUUAUCAUUUUGCAAGAUUGUUCAAAUCUCAGCUUUUAAUUUCUUGUGUACAGAAAAUGCUACAGUCAGAGGCAGAAGACGACAAAAGUUUAAGUUUUCUGAAAGCUUUAACAUCUGUAAAUCCUCAGAAAUUAAAUCAACUUCAGAAACGUUUAGUAACUCCGCAGCCUUCGAACAAUCAAAAUAUGGAGCCAUCAUUCCCAGGAGUUCAAGAAUUUUUUAAAGAUUUUAUUUUGUUUGCUUUUAAUCCGAUUUUUUAUGUUCACCUAGAAAAUUGUUUGAUUCAUGAAAUAAUGGAAUUGAAUGAUACUCAGUUUAGUGGCAGUGAAAUAGAAGAUUCAGAAACAAUGGUCGACGAACAAACGCAACAAAAUUUUACUACCUGCUUAUCCAGUUUACGACUUCUCGCGAAAAUGUUAGGACUUGUUGUGUCCAUACCAUAUAAAUCAAAGUCGAAUAAUUGUAAAGAUUUAAUAACCCAAGUAGAAGUAAGGAGUAAGGUGUUACCAACGAUAAAUCUACAUCUUUGCCUUCACAAUGCAAUAGUACUAGGAAAACUAUCAUUAACUAUACCUUGGAUAGCAAAAUACUUGGCUAUGUUGGAUACCGUGUCUCUGAGAUUACCAUAUUAUAAGCAUGUGUUGGAGUUGCUGUAUUACAUUUACAAAGCUGUGAAUAAUUCUGAUUUUAAGGUCUCGAAUAGUGCUAUGUCUAGACAAACGGCGAUACUCCUGAAAUCUACUUUAAGUUGGUUGUUCGACUUGCCAAAUUUUCCGAAGGAAUUCUACUCGUCUUGGCAAAAGACUUACAAAGUCGAGGAAUUAAAGAAUCUGAAGCAACUCGACAAACACUAUGUGCACAAAAAUGCAUUGUUAGGAGAUUCGAUAGUUCCUGUGGCGUCUACCAAAUGCAAUUUGGAUAAAAUAGAUAUUAUUAAUGACAGAACAAUGCGUAUAUGUUGCCCCACGGUUGGGCAAAGUACGAUAACAAGCACCAAGGCAAACGCAAAGAAUUACAAUUCAAACAAGCAUAUUACUCCCGUUUCUAGUCAACUAUUGAAGUCCACUAGAGGUGCGGGUGUAAGGCAUUUAGAGUUGCAACUAGAAAAAGCAUUUUUUCACGGGCAACCAGCGUCUACGUGGAAAACCAUUGACUUUGUAUCGGAGAGAGUUGCCUCGGUUUGCGUUAAACACAUAUGCAAUACUUUAUUGAUGACCGCCAGAGAAGCAAAUAUGAGUACUUUUGGGAAGAUUUUAAAAAAGAAACAAACCGAGAAAAAGUUAACCGAAAUUAUAAAUUUUAAGGCGGCUGUGGCGGAUGAAAUGAAUGCAUUGGCCACAAGCAUGUCCAAGGAGCUAAAAGAAAAAUGCGAAUCGUCUACAUCGGCGAUCUGCGAUGCGCGUGUCGUUAAAUCUGUAGAAUCUCUGUUAGCGGAGGACACUCUGCCAUCGGUGAAAGAGAUUUGCGUGAAAAUUGCAACAAGAUUGGCCACUGAACGCAUACAUCAGUGGAUACAAUCUUACAUAGUGGACUCGCUAUUUUUAAAGGAUAUGGAGGGAGAGUUAAAUCGAUUGUUAAAGAAUAAUUCACAGUUGCGCGAGAUUCAAGAGAUUAAACAUAAUCCGAAUGCUGUUUGUCCGACCACCACUACGGAUGAUUUAAGAGAGCUUAUGUGGGACAUACUGGAUAAUGGUGGAGAUUCUUUAACAAUGACAACAGUGUCGACCACAUUGGACAACUUGUAUCAAACUUUAACCGAAAGAGCCGAUCUCGUAGCAGGCGCAGAGAAAGUGUUGUACUUUCUCAGCACGGAUUUUGCUUUGUUGUUAAUUGCGUAUCGGAGCGAUUUGUUCGUCGAAAAGAUUCAAGACAAAUUCAUCAAGAUAUGGUCGAUGAAUCGUUGGAAGUCUUUGGAACUGGAUUCUCCUAUAUACAGAAUAUUUUGCCCUCGGAACGUUAUGUUGUUAGCGCAACCGCAAAAGGAUUACGUGUGGUCAGUUUUCGGGAAGUUUAUUAAGAAAUUAAUAGUAAAGGGUGUUCUAGACAUUGACCGCUUCAGUGAUCAGUGUGUCGCAUUGUUUAGGCAGGACUGGCCUGUGCCUGUACUGAAACAUCUUUCGAAAUGCUUGACGGAGGCGAUCGCGGAUUUCAGAGCCUCGGACGAUGCCACAGAAAAAAUGAAAUACUUGCUCGGAUGGAUAGCAGAAACAUAUAACAACAUAGAAUUUCCGAAUGACUAUAGCCCUAUAGACUGAUCGUCUUUGUUCGACCUUGGUUAUAGAUUUUUUAUCGCGCAGUAAUCUGUUGACCGGGAGAGUACAUACAUGACUCAACGUUUUUAUUUUCAUUUAUUUUUGGUUCUUUGACAGAAUUUCGGGACCCGAUUUUAUCGAAACGUCUACGAUGGUACAAAUUAGAUUACAUUUACGUGCCUCAUUCAGUUUUAUUUUAGACAAUCGCCCGGUUAACAGGUUAAUAAAGUGUUAAUGGCAUUGUACAGUUUCUCUUGUCGAGGUUUUAAACCCAACAGAGUAGAUCGUGUCCUUCCGAAAAUGUGUUCUCAAUGUUUUCUUAUCGUGGUGGUGUAAUAUCGGUGUUAGCGAAACGUUGAGACAAUUUAAAUGAUCGAAAAGAACACGACUUACGCCUGCAAGCCUUGGUCAGUAGGAGCUGAAUAAUACAAUUGUUGUGAUAAUCGUAAUUGUAAAUUUUUGUAAAUUAACUAACUUAAAGACGGAAAUAGCUAAUUUUUGAGAAUUGCCGUUACAUUGUAUUGAGUAAAUGUAAAUUGACAGAAGGAAUUGCGAUCUAUUGAAAACCGUUUCAACAUCCCUGGAUGUCGAUAUAGAAGAAUUAAUUAUGGAAAGAGGAUUGGAACGUUGAAAAUUCCAUUAAUUUUGUAUCUGAACCGUGCGAAGAAUCGCACUAAACGUUUCUACUCGCUCGUAGAUCUGAAGUUGUUUCUAUAAAUAAACUCUUCGGUUUUAUUUCAUCGAAUACGUAUUUUUUCUAGCUAAGAACCAGAUUUUAACUUUAUGCAUGUACGAAAUGUGAAAUAAACAAAGAUUUGUUUUUUAAA